GAUGGCCAUCAGCUGUGGGUCUGGAUGUUGAAUUCUGUGUUGAUAGGCGUCCGUCGAUGUAGGUAAACAAUGGCCGCAGAAAAUGUAGGGGAUUCAGCCGCAGACAAGCGACACGUUUAUAAGACAGCAGAAUCGCUUUAUAAACUCGGUGUAGCUGCUGUUGUAAAUAAUUAUUCUACUUUUAAAGAUGAAAUACGUUCAUUGCCUGCCAGCCUUCUGUUUGAUUUAUAUUACAAGUUAUACCAAGAUCAAACACUCUGUUUACUGAAUCUCGAGUUCACGGAUAUCGAUGUGUUUUCAACAAUGUUAAAAGUUUCGAAUAAAAGACUGCAGCUGCUAAGAAGUUUCCAGGCUCUGAUGGACCACAGUAGGAGGAUUACAAAAGACUUAACUUCUGCCUAUAUCCGUAAAUGUAACAGUGUCCAGUUAGAUCCUUCAUCUCGGGAAAAUGUGAUUGAUCUAGGUCUCAGAUUAGGUAACUUCCUUGGUGAUGCGGGAUGGUAUGCUGAGAGUGAAAAAGUGCUGGUAACCUGUAGAGACAUUUGUUAUAUGUCUGAUGGGUCUAUUUAUUGCAUCCAGAAACUGCUGGAAUGUUGUCACAAAUUACUUCAUACGCAAGCAGCUUUUUACAAUUUUGAUGGCGCAGAGCAGACGUUUCAACUUGCUUACAGUUUAGUCCAAGAGCUAAGAAAGACAGAUAACACCACAAAUCUUGCAGGAUUAUUUACGGAGUUUUCUGUCUUGUAUUUCUCAAGAAGUGAAUAUGCUGAGGCAUAUCGGUGGAGCAUAGACGCAUUACAUCAGGCAGCAUGUGGUGUUCCCGUUCACGUAAUAGUUGAUGUGCUGCGGCAGGUUGCGAAAUCUUGUGUUGUGAAACGAGAAUUUAAGAAAGCAGGACUUCUCUCUCGCCAGUCAGUUUAUCUUGCUAGGGAAGUGUUUGGUGUCAAACAUCCCAAAUACUCAGAUGCUUUAAGUGAUUACGCAUUUUUUCUUCUGAACUUCGACCUUGUUCGACCAAGCGUUGAUGUAUUUACGAUGGCACUGAAAAUCCGACAGGAGUUAUUUGGAGAAAAUAAUCUUCAUGUUGCUAUAGCUCAUGAGGAUUUAGCGUACGCUCUGUAUGUUCACGAGUACAGCUCUGGCAGGUUCGGACUGGCUAGGGAACAUGCAAAUAUUGCAAUCCAGAUAAUGCAGAACAUUCUCCCAGAAGAUCAUCUGAUGUUGGCAUCAGUGAAGAGGGUCAAAGCUCUGGUCUUGGAAGAAAUAGCACUCGAUGGACUUUUAUCCAGUUCUGGUAUGCAGGAAUUACUAGCUGAAGCAGAAGAGCUUCAUUUGUCAGCGUUGAAAUUAUCCCUUGCUACUUUUGGUGAAAAGAAUGUGCAAACUGCUAAACACUUUGGGAAUCUGGGCCGUCUCUACCAGAGCAUGAAGAAGUUUGAAGAAGCAGAAACAAUGCAUUUAAAAGCAAUAGCCAUAAAAGAAGAGCUAUUAGGAGAAGAUGAUUAUGAAGUUGGUUUGUCUAUAGGUCAUCUUGCUAGCCUGUAUAAUUAUCACAUGAAGAAGUACAAAAAAGCUGAAGCACUUUACAAGCGAUCUAUUGAUAUCAGUUUAAAGCUGUUUGGUGAAAGUUAUUCCGGCCUAGAAUAUGAUUACAGAGGUCUCGUGCAUGUAUAUCAUGAACUUAAAGAAGUUGACAAAGUUGCUGACUACACAUACUUAUUGAACAACUGGAAACUUCAUAGAGAUAUCACUUCCCAGACAGAAUAUGAACCUAUUGACACCGAUGGUGAAGUUCUUUCAAUAAGUGAUAUCACAGCACAGUUUUUCCAGCCUAACUGAAUGAGGUGUCAUGUUUGAGUGUAAUACUCUAUCAAAAAAAUUAACCUCCUUUCAUAGGAAGGAGCAUUGUGCCACAGCUUUAAGUGUUUUGUGAUUCACACAGAAUUCACAAGUACCUGGACACAGAGUAUAUACUGCCAUUCCUUCACAUGUGCAUUAUGUGGAUAGAUAGCUUUGUCCUCUUUUUUUUUUUUUUUUUAAUUUAAACGAACAUGUUUUAUGUUGUUUUGUAUUAUUUUAAAAUGUUUACUUUUUUAUGUUAAUUGUGGCAAAGAUACUCCAUUCAAAGCUUGCUGUCAAGUUAUUGUUAAUAACAUUGGUAGUAAUCUGUUACACUUAGGCGCUGGUGUCGUACCCCACGUUAUGUAUGUUGUUGUUUUUUAAAAUUGUCGUGUACAUACUUGAGAAUGUUUAAUGUUGUGACAGUUGUCUGCAACUCUUUGCAUUUAUAUAAUUUCAUUUGUGAAACGCUGUAUAAAGAAUGCCAGUAAUAUUUGCUGGUUUUUUACUCUUAGUUGUGAUGUUUUAUAUCUUUUAAUAUGUAAGAUGCAUGCUAGUCAAUAGUUCAUUUUGAGAAAACAUGUGUCCAGUAUUGAUGUGAUGUGCACAAGGAGCCAUGAAAUAAUGUCUGUGGAUGGUACUUCCCUUUUAUAUAAAUUAUCUGACCAAGGCAGAGUUGUGACAUUUCAUUUCAUGUUUGAGUUCAUUAUUAUAGUGAAAUUUUAUUUCCAUCUUGUUCUCCCUCUCCACGUCUCUCUCUUUUGUUUUCCUCACCUCCUGUCUGCCUUUAAAACCCUAUCCCCCCACCCCCUUUAAAAUUAACUUAUUUGCAAUUUUUGACUGUUUUUAGUAAAUAAAAGAAAACUUGAAGUAACAAUAAAAUUCAGCAUAAAGGAUGUAACCAUGACACCUGAUACAAACAUUUCAAACAAAUGCCCUGAACUAGAGUCCCUGUAGGGAUUUUAUGGAUUCAUCUCUACGGUGAAUGUUGAUAAGUCUUCAUUCCAGAACUACGAAUCAUGUCAUAGCCGUACUUCCAUUAUUUAAGUAUGUAUACAUUGUCUACAUUUACGGAAACUGAUUGUUAGUCUCUUCUUCAUUGCAGAGUAAUUUGCCAUGAAAAUACCAGAGCCAAAAUUAGGAGCUUUUGUAGUUUGGUAGAGCAGACUGUGAACAGCUACCUAUUGUUUUUUUCAGUUGUUUGUGGUUGAGUUAACAGUGUCAUUUCACAAUUUUUAGUAAUUCCAUGACUAAAGUUUUGGUCGUGGGCCUGCAGUAAGAAUUAUUACUGCUUUACAUCUUCAUUUUAUGGCAUAACCAUGUCUGCUAUUUAUUGCGUGCAGUCAUCAUGGCGGCCAUUCUCUUCUGUGGAGAGAAUUUGUACAUUCUCAUGUGUUUUAACGAUCACCUUUUUGUCAGCUUUGUUUAAAUUGAAAAAUUUAAUCAUCGUGUUUCAUUGAUCAACAUGGACAACUGUUUUCUUCAGUGUCAUCCAUUUUAAUAAGACCUUUGUUCCAGAAGUAAAUUUAUCAACUUCACAGUAGUUGUACCAAUAUUUUUUCUAGUAAAUGAAUAAAUUCUGAAAUAUCAUUAAAUGGGGUGGAGUUUCUAGUACUUGUGCCAGUUCAGGAGAUGUCUAAGGUUCGAACAUUUAAUGAAGGACAUGGAAAAACUGUUGAAAGUAUUUCUAUAGCAAUGAUAUUUGCAGAGGAUCGUGGGAAUUGCCCAUUCAGGAGGUCGUGCAGUGCAAAAAGAGUUGAAUUUUAACCAAUGGUCAGACUUUUUGCAGCAACUGCAGCUCCUAAUUGUGUUUGGUUUUGAUUCUUGUUAUGUCUCUUAAUUCAUUAGUGAGACACAAAUUUCCAUGCAUAUAUGAUGCAAGCAUAUGCACACUGCCAUACCCAAAAGGAAUGGAGGGAACUUGUAAAAGAAAAGAAUUUCAUAUGAAGCAGUAAUAACAAAAUUG